UUAACCGCCAAUACACUACAGUAACCUACCUAUCACAGUCCCGCGCGGUCUCAACUCUCAAGAUGGACUUUAAAUUUAUAUUGUUUUUUGUUCAAAUGUCUGGAGUCACUAUGGCACACAUGAUUAGAGUUACAAACAACUGCCCGUUUACUGUAUGGCCCGGCAUACAAGGCAACACAGGACAGCAACAUCUCGAAAACGGUGGAUUUUCGGUGGGCGCCUACAAGACACAUUUCAUUCUCUCGUCACGAAAUUGGGCAGGCAGGAUUUGGGGUAGGACUAAUUGUGACAGUCAAGGAAAAUGCGAAACAGGCGAUUGCGGGAACAAGAUCCAAUGCAACGGAACCUUGGGCGUGCCACCCUUGACCCUAGCUGAGAUACAGUUCGCCGAGUCCGACAACAUUGACUCCUACUACGUGUCAUUAGUGGACGGAUUUAACCUGCCGAUCAAGAUUAUGCCGAACAAAUAUCCAAUGACAUCGAAAAACAGCAUCGACUGCAAGCCGGCUGACUGUGUUGCCGACCUGAACAGCAAGUGUCCGGACAAACUGGCCGUCAAGGCGGCCGAUGGCUCCAGUGUGGUGGCGUGCAAGAGCGCCUGUGCGCUGUUCAACACGGACAGUGAUUGCUGCCAAGGUGUCUACACCACCCCAGCCACUUGUAACAGCAGCUCGUGGCCCCAAAACUAUCCACCAUUCUUCAAGAAAGCAUGUCCGUACGCCUACAGUUACCCGUUCGACAACACGACUAGCACGUUUACGUGUCACGGCAAUUCGUUAACCAAAUUCGACAUUGUAUUUUGCCCUUAAGUCAAUGAUUGUGUGUAACUAUAUUAUGUCUAUAUUAUAGGUUCAGGGUAGGUUAUUUAUCACAAUUUUUAUAAAUUAUUAUAUAUUCAUAUAAAAAAAAAGUUUAUUGGGAAAGAAUAAAAAUAAAGGUAGGUAUACCGUAUAUACUUACAGUUAUUA